AUGCUUGACACCGAAAACAUCCAGAAGGUAUUAAAUACCGAUAUCAGCACUCCCAUCCCAGAGCGCAUGGUCACCAAGAUCACAUCCCUACCACCAUUCAUCGAUAUACCAGGCGUCCAAAACUUCCGUGACCUGAGCCAUGACGAUAACAGGUUGCGUCCGGGCUAUGUAUACCGAUCCGGUAACAUAUCAGAUGUAACGGACUCCGGAAAGUCCAUAAUUGCCAGCGAACUAGGAAUCACCACCAUCUUCGACCUGCGAAACGAAGGCGAGCGACUAAAGGCCCCGCCCCCUUCGCUUCCCGGAGUGGACACGAUAUGGGUGCCAUAUGGUGCGCGACCAGCUACUUUGAAUCUGCGGGACUUCGUUGGUGACGACAACGGCGCGACAGGAUUCGUGAAGAUGUACUCUGGGAUCCUUGAAGCUGCAGUUCCAGGAUUCACUGAGGUCUUCAAGCAUAUCCGAGAUAAUCCCAAUGACCCCUUCAUCUUUCAUUGUUCUGCUGGUAAAGACCGCACAGGUGUGCUCUCUUCUCUCAUCUUGCUUUUGAUCGGUCGGCCCCACGAAGAGAUCAUCAACGAUUAUAUCCUCACUCGAGUUGGGUUGGAAAGUGCACGCAAGAAUCUCAUGGAGGCAUUUGCCCUGAACAUGGAUUCUGACGAAGUAGAUAUCAGCCAACUGAGCCCCGAGGCUCUUGGUAUGCUCGAAUUGUGUGGUGUCCGGGCCUCUGUAAUGGAAGCCUUCCUGAAUUCAUUCGAGAGUCAGUAUGAGAAGGGCGUGGAGGGGUAUCUGACGACGAGACUCGGAUUUUCGGCAAACGAUGUAUCGACAAUGCAGAAGAACCUGACGGCAGUUUAA